AGUUCAGGGACCAAAAAUGGGUUUUAACCAAAAUAAAAUAAAAAAUCCUGGGUUAGUCUGCUUCUGUCUGCCAUGGCUCUCUUUGCUUCCAUCCCCACUUCUCCACUAUCUGUGUCAUUACCACUUUGCUGGAAGUUAGCCGGUCCCCGGCGAACACAUUUUGGUACUUCUGCUGCAGUAAGUUCAUCGUCGUCUCCUGAGUCGUCCGCACCACCAUCAACUAUUUUCGAUUUUCGCUUCGCGGCACUCCUGGCCGUUGGAGGUUCACUGGCUGGUUCAGUGCUGUGCUUUUUAAAUGGUUGUGUUUACAUUGUUGAUGCAUACAAAGUAUACUGGUCAAGCUGUGUUAAAGGGAUUCACUCAGGACAGAUGGUUCUACGGUUGGUUGAGGCUAUUGAUGUUUAUCUUGCUGGGACAGUCAUGCUAAUAUUUGGCAUGGGCUUAUAUGGGUUAUUUAUUAGUAAUGUGCCUCCAAAUUCACCUCCAAAUGCUGAUCGUGCCCUCAAAGGAUCAUCCUUGUUUGGAAUGUUUGCUUUGAAGGAAAGACCUAAAUGGAUGAAAAUAAGCUCGCUUGAUGAGCUGAAGACAAAAGUAGGGCAUGUUAUUGUGAUGAUUCUUUUAGUGAAGAUGUUUGAAAGAAGCAAGAUGGUGCAAAUAACUACCGGUGUGGAUCUACUCAGCUAUUCUAUCUGUAUUUUCUUGUCAUCAGCAUCUCUAUACAUCCUUCAUCAACUUCACAAACCAGAAUAGAGAUGUCAGAUCUAUAGCUGGUAUAUACUGUAAAGAUUAUGAACAUUGUAAGAGCCUACGCAACUCUAGUGUAUAUUUGUAUUUGAACUAGCCAUAUUAAUAAAGGAAUCACAUUCCA